AUGACGACCCCCGUGACGACGCAGCAGCCGCAGCAGCAGCGCCCCGCGCACGCCUUCUGCUUCGCCAAGCGCCGCUCGUACACGUCGCCGCACCUGGUGCGCUCGCGAGCCAAGAACAACACAGUCUGCGGCGUGCCGGGCGAGGGCGCGCCGCCUCGUCGAGCGGCCGCCAGUACCGCGCGCCUGACGCGCAAGACCCAGAGCUUCAGCGAAGGGCUGGAGCCCUCGACGGGCGAGCGGCUGGCCGACAUCGCCGUGUUCCUGGGCGGCUCGUGCAACCCCACGACCUGGAGGCACGACGUGGCCAUGCCGCUGCUGGACGAGGCCCGCGUGCGGUAUUUCAACCCGCAGGUGGACGAGUGGUUCGAGGAGCUCAUCCAGAUCGAGGCCACGGCCAAGGAGACGGCGCAGAUCGUGCUCAUGGUCGUGGACGGCCUCACGCGCUCCAUCGUGUGCAUCAACGAGGCCGUCGAGUACAUUUGCCGCGGCCGCAAGGUCAUGCUCGUGGUGGACGACAUCGAAGAAGGCACCGAGGUGGCCGGCAAGCUGCUGUCCAAGACGGAGCUGGCCGACCUCAACGGCGCGCGCCAGUGUCUGCGCGACCUGGCCAUCAAGAGGGGCGUGGGCCUGUUCCCGGACGUCAAGGCCGCGAUUGAGGGCUGCAUCGCGUACCUCACGCAGACGAACGCGCCCAAGUCCCGCCCGGAGGUGCCGAGGCUCAGGAAGCGCUCGUCCAUUGUGCUCAACGACUGGUCCGUCAAGCACCGACCGCACCGCGUGACGUCGCGCUCGCACUCGUCGCGGCUGCUCAAGUCAAACAGCAGCGGCAGCAACAGGAGCACGGACGACAGCGAACAGAGCAGCGAUUCCCCGGGCCUCUCGUCCCCCACGCAGUCCAUCGUGAACCAGCUCGGCUGUCAGAUGUUCAGCGACUACACGGGCGGCUCCGUGUAUCUCGGCGGCAACUUGACAGCCACGUCGUGGAGACAGAAGGUCGCCAUCCCGUUGCUGCGCACGGCGGGCAUCCCCGUGUACGUCCCGUUCGCCGACUACCUGCAGUUCGGCUUGUCCUCCGCGGCGGAGAAGCACGUCCAGGCGCUGGCCGAGCACUUCCAGGAGAUCGAGACCCAGAAGGCCAUCGCCGAGCUGAUCCUGUUCGUGAUCCCGCGCAACCUGCGCUCCAUCGCAGCGAUGACCGAGGCCGUCGAGCUGGUCUCGAGCCACCAGGCGUUGCUGCUGGUGAUUGAGCCCGUGGAGGAAGGCUGCAUGGUGGAGGAAGGGGCAGCCAUCACCGGCCGCGAGUUCAAAGACCUAGCAAGAGCCCGAGCGUAUCUGCGGGAAAUGGCGGAGCGCAACGACGUCGCCGUGUUCGAGUCCGUGACAGAAGCGGUCGAGAACAUCGUCGAGAGGUUAGAGUAG